AUGGAAGGUGUCCCACUAAAGACCACACAGGCUCUUGGCCUACAAGAAGUCAAAGACGACAUCACAGUGACCGUCCCCAAUUACCUCACCAUCCUGCAGGAGACAGAGUAUGAAUUCAGUCUGGAGAACUGGGUGAUUACUGGACUGCAGAGUGGCUUCAUCAACCAGCACCGGCCUCAGCCCCCCUCUUCAUUAGGACUGAUGCCAUCUUGUCCGCCAUACUGGAUGAUGUUCUGCAGCCCCCAGCAGAGCCGCAUGGCCAGCCGGCACUGCUCUGACUUCUGGGAGCCCAACCCUCGGCAGCGCUCCCGUAGCCUCAAUCCCGCUGUCCUGCGCACCAAGUUCUCACACUCUGAUGAUGAAGGAGAGGGCGCCUCACAGAAAACCCAGACAUGUGUGCCAGCGAAUGUUUCUUUGGGGGAGGAACACCCAGCUACUACGUGUCAGCAGAGUCAGAGGAAAGCACAGAAAGCCUUCAUCCCAGACCUGCUGAACCCACCAGCCUGCCUGAGUAGCCUGCCACACCAGCGCAGGAAAAACCUGCGUCAGUGUUCCCUCUCAGUGCUCAACGUGUCCACGCAACGCGAUUCCAACACAGACAGCCAAUCCAAGAAUCCCUCAUUACACAAAGCCCCCGACAUGAGAACUCCCAACAUCAGGGCCAAUACUGUUGACAGGCUCCCCAUCAUCAGCAACCACAACACAGCACAUAAGAUGUCUCUCAGGCCAGAUUCCAGUAGAAACAUCUCUGCCACCUCUGGUUCAGACUCCUCAGUAGAGCUCCUGUCAGCUCUGAGCCCAGAGGAGAGAGACCUACUGGCGGCCAUCACUGCUCGAGGUUACCCACUCCGUACUGCCAUCAUUGCCUUACAAAGGACAGGACAGCAGACCCCAGAUCAGAUCUUGAGUUACUUGGUGGCAUGUGAUCACCUGUGUCAGCUGGGUUAUGACAUGGCUCAGGUCGAAGAGGCCCUGGAAAUGUUUCAAAAUUGUGAAACAAAGGCGGAGGAGUUCCUUCAGCUGCUGAAUCAGUUCAAUGAGAUGGGCUUCCAGCAGAACGCCAUUAAAGAAGUGCUGCUGGUCCACGAAAAUCACCGAGAACGGGCCCUGGAGGAGCUCAUGAUGCGUGUGGGCUGACAGCACAUUAUUAAAACACAAAACACAAAAUAUACACACAAACAGGCACACACACGUUACCUUUAUCACUGAAUUACUGCAAUUAAACUGCAAGCUCAAGUCUGGUAUUUACUACAGAAAUGUAUAUGCCAAACAUGAAACUACAUGAAAAUACACAUUGUUGUAGGUGGACAGUGGCAGGAAAAGUAUGUUGCUCGUAUGAUAAUGAUAACACUGAUGAGCCCAUAUCGCGCAUUUAUAUUUGUGUCCAAUAACAUUUUACUCAUGACUUAUCUGAAAGUGUUUAUUACAUUCAUAUUUUCUUUUAAUACAAAAGCACACUUGACCAAACUCAUGUUAUCUAUGUAUAACUAAAGUAAUGUGAUAAGCUGUAGUAAAUGUGAUUUAUGUGUGUGAUUUAUUAAAGCUGUGAUAUGAAGUUA